GCCGACCUUCUGCUUUGGGACACAUGGACAGGGCCUCUUGGGGAGGGGCAGAAAGCAAGCCUCCCCGCCUCCUCCGUUCUCUACCCUGGGCCAGCACGUCGCGGGCAGCCUCUUGUCCACCGGAGGGGAGGACUGGCCAGGAAGUUGCAACGGGAGACCUGAAGGUGAUUCAGCCUGAGAAGUCAGUCUCUGUUGCUGCUGGGGAUGCGGCCAUUUUGAACUGCACUGUGACCUCCCUGAGACCUUUGGGUCCCAUAAAGUGGUUCAGAGGAACAGAGCAAAGUCAACAACUAAUCUACGCUUUCUCAGGAGAAAAGUUUCCUCGAGUUACAAAUGUUACAGAUACAACCAAGAGAAACAACUUGGACUUUUCCGUCCACAUCAGUAACGUCACCCCAGCAGACGCUGGCACCUACUACUGUGUGAAGAUAGAUAUAACAAAGUCCGACAAGAAAUUUUCUGGAGGGGGAACAGUGCUCUAUGUGCUUGCCAAACCUUCUGCACCGGUGGUAUCCUUCCCAACAAGCAGGGUCACACCUGGGCAGACAGCGAACUUCACCUGCAAGUCUUAUGGCUUCUCUCCCCGGAAUAUCACCCUGAAGUGGUUCAAAGGUGGGAAAGAAAUCCCCAGCUUCCAGACCAUCGUGGAGCCUGAGAAACAGAGUAUCUCCUACAACAUCUCCAGCACAGCCCAGGUGGUCCUGCGCUCCGAGGACAUUCAUUCUCAGGUCAUCUGCCAGGUAGACCACAACACCUUGGAAGGACGCCCUCUUCGUGGGAUUGCUAACUUGUCAGACAUCAUCCGAGUUUCUCCCGUCCUGGAUGUCACCGAGCAGUCCACAAGGGCAGGGAACCAGGUGAACGUCACCUGCCAGGUGCAGAGGUUCUACCCCAACAAACUCCGGCUGACCUGGCUGGAGAAUGGAAACGUAUCACGGACAGACGAGGCUUCGAAUGACACAGUGAACAGGGAUGGGACCUAUAACUGGACAAGCUGCCUCCUGGUGAACACAUCUGCCCAUAGAGAGAACGUGGUGGUCACAUGCCAGGUGGACCAUGAUGGGAAGCCAGCGAUCGCCAAAAACUAUACCGUGAGGGUCCUGCACCAGAAGGAGCAGGGCAUGGACGCUACCCUUGGUAAUGACCCUUCCGGCAAGAACAUCUUCAUCGCGGUGGGCGUGGUGUGCGCCUUGCUAGUAGUCCUGCUGAUGGCAGCCCUCUACUUCCUCCGGAUCAAGCAGAAGAAAGCCAAGGGGUCAACUUCUUCCACAAGGUUGCACGAGCCCGAGAAGAAUGCCAGGGAAAUAACCCAGGUACAGUCUUUGAUCCAGGACACAAAUGACAUCAAUGACAUCACAUAUGCAGACCUAAAUCUGCCCAAAGAGAAGAAGCCUGCCCCCCGGGUCCCCGAACCCAACAACCACACAGAAUAUGCAAGCAUUGAGACAGGCAAAGCGCCUAGGCCAGAGGAUACCCUCACCUAUGCCGACCUGGACAUGGUCCACCUUAACCGGGCACAGCCAGGCCACAAGCCUGAGCCAUCUUUCUCAGAGUAUGCCAGUGUCCAGGUCCAGAGGAAGUGAAUGGGACUGUGGUUGGCUCUAGGGCCCAUAGCCACAAGUUUUCUUGUCCCACAUGGAGUGGCCAUGGUGAGGACAACCCUAGAAGGCCAGAUGGCACAGGUCCUAGGACCAGGAGUAAGGGUGGCCUUUGUCUUCCCUCCUUGGCUCUCCAACACUUCCAGGGCAGUCAUGUCCCCUUCUUCUGGAGGCCGGUGUUGCAGAACCAGAGGGGGGACUGGAGAAAGCUGCCUGGAACCCAAGAAGUGUGCCUCGGCCUUCCACACAUGGGUCUGGAUCCUGGUCUUGGCAACUCCGGGUUACUUCCUUGAUGAUCCAGAGCCUGGUCUCCUGUGUGGAGAAGAGCCCCCCACCUCCACCCAACUUGGGCUGUGGGGGCAAGAACCCCUUUAGAUCAAACUGCCCCAUCCGCGGAAGAACUACACCAGGAGACUGCAAGUUUCCAGCCAACAGUGCUGGCCUCCCACCCGCCAGGCUGACUAGCCCUGGGGGAGAAGGAACCCUCUCUCCUAGACCAGCAGAGACUCCCUGGGCAUGCUCAGUGUGGCCCCACCUCCUUUCCAGUCCCAGCUUGCUUCCUCCAGCUAGCUCUAACUCAGCAGCAUCACUCUGUGGACACCUGUAAAUUAUUGAGAAAUGUGAACUGUGCAGUCUUGAAGCUAAGGUGUUAGGAAAUUUGAUUUGUGCUGUUUGGUUGUUGUUAGGUCUAUUUUUUUCUUUUCUUUUUUUUUUCUUAAAACAACAGCAGCAGCAUCUUGACUCUUCGUCAUGUGUUGAAUGGUUGGGUCUUGUGAAGUCUGAGGUCUAACAGUUUCUUGCUCUGGAAGGAUUUUCUUACAGCAGAAACCGAUUUUUCCAAUCCCCAGAACUCUGAGGACCAAAAGGGAUCUCUCAGCUGCUACUUUCAGGCACUCAGCCUCACUGGGACGAACUGGGCCCUGUUCUUACACAGCUGCAAGGCUGGCUGACCCUUUGCCUCCAUGGCUGCUGUGGUAAGUGCAGCCUUGUCUGACCCAAUGCCGACCUAAUGUUGGCCAUUCCACGUUGAAGGGAGAAGGUCAGUGACAGCCUCCUUUACUCACAAGCACCUCAGAGGCACGCAGAGGAAAGGGAUGCCCAGCCAGCAGCCGGCGUUUCCAGCACUCUGACGUAAACAAGGCAGGAGGAGUCCAUUAUUGCCGUCAAACCUCAGCAGGAUCCCACUGGGACAGACCCUGGUCGUACCUGUGAUGACACAGCUGUAAGCCAGGGCAGACCCCUCUGUCACUGGCUAGGGAAUCUUGGCAGAGGCUCUGCCUGACCCACACCCUUCAAACUGGAUACUGGGACCUGCCUGGGCCCAUGGCCAAGCAGAUGUGACAACCCUGGUUAUCUGGUCUUAACAUGUAGCUCAGCAAGUUAAGGCGCUAAUUAAUGUCCCUGAUCCCUGGGUAGCCCUGGCUCAGGCUAUUCAAGUAUGAAGCUAAGGCAACCUGCUUGUUUCUAUAGGUGCAAGGGGGGCGGGUUACCAGGAACUCAGCAAGGACCUGACUCUCUGGGGUUGGUGACCUGAUACUUCCAAUGAUGGCAUGCAGGAGUUCGCUGAGCCAGUAGGCUGUGUUGACAGCACUGGGCCAGCAAACCAGAACUUGUCUUUGGUAUCUGGGACCUAUGGUAGCCCUGCCAUCUUCUUGGACUGUCUUCUAUUUCCAAAGGAUUGAUUUGUAAGCCUCCACCCACUUCUCCUCUGCCUAGAGAUGGCACAUGCACACGUGAGUACACACACACAGGUGCAAAGACCAGUUCAAAGAAUAGCCUCUGGCUGACAUCCUAAUUUUGUCUUAGGUUUUUUUUUUGGAGGGAGAAAGGGAAUGAGGCAGGGAAAGUCUAUAGCUAUAGCUUUAGCCAGGCAGCCUGGUGGGCCCCCACACUUAUGUAUGAAACUCUGGUACAAAGAAGAGGGGGGGUGCGUCCUGUGAGAGGAGUGGAAUCCGGUUUAUCUGUAGACCAGAUGAGAAGGAAACAGGCUCCAUUUUGUACAUAGUUGCAACUUAAAAUUUUUGGCUUGCAAAAUAUUUUUGUAAUAAAGAUUUCUGGGUAACAACAA